AUGUCUGCCCCCGCCUUGGACUCGGCGGCGGUGGAAAGUUUCCUCGACAGCCACCCGGAGCUGGUGGAGAAGUGGCUGCGGAGGAGGAACCCCCCGGGCUGCAAAGUGACCGUCGGGGCAGGAGAGGGGCAGCAGAGCAACGGCGCCGCCGCCUCUUUGCGCAGCAAUAGCAACAGCGCCCCCUUCGGCUGGGCCGGCCCCGACGCGUCGUCAUUGUCAUCGCCAUCGGCCGGCGGGCUGCAGCGUCGGGCCUCGCAGAAGGAGCUGCGGCAGAGCUUUGCCCGCUCCAAGGCCAUCCACGUCAACCUGACCUACGACGAGCAUGUGCACGCGCGGGCCCAGGAGCCCCUCAGCAGCGCAUGCCGCCGGGCCCUGCUGCGCAAGGCCAGCUCGCUGCCCCCCAGCGCGGCCCACAUCCUCAGCGCCCUGCUGGAGUCCCGCGUCAGCCUGCCCCAGUACCCGCCCAAAGCCCUGGACUACAAGCGCUACCUCAAGGAGCACAACGAGCGCCAGUUCUUCCUGGAGCUGGUCAAGGACAUCUCCAACGACCUCGACCUCACCGCCCUCAGCUACAAGAUCCUCAUCUUCGUCUGCCUCAUGGUGGACGCCGACCGGGGGUCCCUCUUCCUGGUCGAGGGCGCCGCGGCCGGGGGUAAGAAGAGCCUGGUCUCCAAGGUCUUCGACGUCCAUGCCGGCACCCCCUUGCUGCCCUGCUACAACUCUGAGGACUCCAACGAGGUGCAGGUGCCCUGGGGCAAGGGCAUCAUCGGCUACGUGGCCCAGCACGGAGAGACCGUCAACAUCCCCGACGCCUACCAGGACUGCCGCUUUAAUGAUGAGAUUGACAAACUGACCGGAUAUAAGACCAAGUCGUUGCUGUGUAUGCCGAUAAGAAACAACGAGGGUGAGAUUAUCGGUGUUGCCCAAGCGAUAAAUAAAAUUCCAGGAGGCGCACCUUUCACCGAUGAUGAUGAAAAAGUAAUGGAAAUGUAUCUUCCAUUCUGUGGGAUUGCCAUCUCUAAUGCUCAGCUAUUUGCUGCUUCCAGGAAGGAGUAUGACAGGAGCAGAGCCUUGCUAGAGGUGGUUAAUGAUCUCUUUGAAGAACAGACAGACUUAGAGAAAAUUGUGAAGAAAAUUAUGCACCGAGCCCAAACUCUACUGAAGUGUGAGCGUUGCUCUGUAUUACUUCUUGAGGACAUCGAAUCGCCAGUGGUGAAAUUUACCAAAUCGUUCGAGCUGAUGUCUCCAAAGUGCAGUGCAGAUACCGAGAACAGUUUGAAAGACAGCAUGGAGAAACCAUCAUCAUCUUAUUCCGACUGGCUAGUAAAUAGUAGCAUUGCUGAACUCGUAGCUUCCACGGGUCUCCCAGUGAACAUCAGUGAUGCAUGUCAAGAUCCUCGCUUUGAUGCAGAAGCUGACCAAAUUUCUGGCUUUCAUAUAAGAUCUGUUCUCUGUGUCCCUAUUUGGAACAGCAGCCACCAAAUAAUUGGGGUCGCUCAAGUGUUGAACAGACUCGAUGGGAAACCUUUUGAUGAUGCUGACCAGCGACUCUUUGAGGCAUUUGUUAUAUUUUGUGGCCUGGGCAUCAACAAUACCAUAAUGUAUAACCAAGUGAAGAAAUCCUGGGCAAAGCAGUCAGUGGCUCUUGACAUGCUGUCUUACCAUGCAACGUGUUCAAAGGCAGAAGUCGACAGAUUCAAGACAGCAAGCAUUCCACUUGUGUCAGAGCUUGGCAUAGACAACAUCCAUUUUGAUGACUUCUCUCUCGAUGUGGACACCAUGAUAACUGCAGCACUGCGGAUGUUCAUGGAGCUGGGAAUGGUUCAGAAAUUUAAAAUUGACUAUGAGACAUUGUGUAGGUGGCUUUUGACAGUGAGGAAGAAUUAUCGAAUGGUUCUGUAUCACAACUGGAGGCAUGCUUUCAAUGUGUGCCAGCUCAUGUUUGCAAUGUUAACGACAGCGGGAUUUCAGGAGAUUCUGACAGAAAUUGAAAUUUUAGCUUUGAUUGUGGGAUGUUUAUGUCAUGACCUUGACCACAGAGGGACCAACAAUGCCUUUCAAGCCAAGAGUGGAUCUGCUUUGGCUCAACUGUACGGGACGUCCGCUACCCUGGAGCACCAUCAUUUUAACCAUGCUGUCAUGAUUCUUCAAAGUGAGGGUCACAACAUCUUUGCUAACUUGUCCUCCAAGGACUACAGUGACCUUAUGCAGCUUCUGAAGAAGUCGAUAUUGGCAACCGACCUCACUCUCUAUUUUGAGAAGAGGUCUGAGUUUUUUGAACUUGUCAGCAAAGGUGACUACAACUGGAGUGUUAACGGCCAGCGAGAAAUAUUCCGAUCAAUGCUAAUGACAGCCUGUGACCUUGGAGCUGCGACCAAACCGUGGGAGAUUUCAAGACAGGUGGCUGAACUGGUAACAAGCGAGUUCUUUGAACAAGGAGACAGGGAGAGAUCAGAGCUCAAACUCACGCCUUCUGCUAUUUUUGAUCGGAACAGGAAAGAUGAACUGCCUCGAUUGCAGCUGGAGUGGAUUGAUAGCAUCUGCAUGCCUCUCUAUCAGACUUUAGUGAAAGUGAACGCCAAACUGAAGCCCAUGCUGGACUCGGUUGUGGCCAAUAGAAGUAAGUGGGAGGAGCUGCACCAAAAAAGACUGCUCUCUCAGGCGACGACGACGAGGACUGCUGCCCCUUCUUCCAACUUUGCUGCAUCUCUGGAGGACAUAAAUUAA